CUCCUAUAGAUUUUAUAAGUGUCCUAAAAACCGGGCCUAAAAGUAUCAACUUGAUCUUGGAAAUGUAUUUAUUUAUCUACAAUAAUUAUACAACAUUGAGAAUGAAAGAACAAGCUUGAGACUAAAACUGUUGACAGGCUCUGAUACCGACGGUUCCUCAACAAGUGCAAAUCGAUCCGAUGAGUGGGCAGCCGAUCCCUCAGGCUCAGUUGGAUGAAGAGGAGGAUGAGGAUGAGGAGGCGCUUCUGGCGAGAAUGCCUCAGGACACCCACAACCUCCAAGAAUGCCUGACAGCCUCUCAAGGUUGCCUCUUGCUCUUGGUUUUGAAGCAACACUUGAAAACAACAUACGGCUUCAACGAUAGUAAAAUCACGCAGUACUCUCCUGCUGAAUCGAGCAAAACCUAUGAGAAAGCUGUGAAUCGUAAAAGUAACGCCAGGUUCAACCCUAAAGUCACCGUGCAGAAGAUUCAACAUGGUUCACCUCCCAAUAUGUUAGAUGAGAACGCGAGGAGAGCGCUAAUCUCCGAAUACUUAGAGUUCAAGCACCUGAUGAUGAAUCUGGAUCCUGACGAGCCAGACGAUGAAGACGAUAACCACGUGACGCCACAGAAGGCAUCACAACGGGAACACAGACACGCGGCCUCGGACGACGCGCUUAGUCGGGUCGCUGACCAAACGCCCAUCAAAGCCAACAGUCAUAUGCCAUCGCAUAUGCAAACCGACAACCCUCAUCACCAACUUGAGCCGCAAACUCUGAGGGUGCCGAAACUGACUAUUGUGCCUCCAAAGCCUCCUCCCGAGAAACAGCAUCAUCACCAUCGUUCACAUAAAACCCGUAAGACUGAUCGACACAAGAAACACCACCACAAGAGGAAGAAGUCGAAACUGCGAAGCUCGGACGAAAGUGAGCAUGAGUACAGUGAUCCCGAUUUCUUAGUAUAAACAAACAUUCCUGGCAACAUGUGAUAUGUUCUGUCUGGAUGUGUUCUAGACAAGUGCAAUUAAACUUGAGUGCACUGAGUUGGGACAGCCGCUCUCACUUGUAAAUUAAUAGAUACUAUUGAACGAUUUUUAUCGCGGAGAUGCGUCUCCAGUUUUGUACAAAAUGUUAAUUGUUCAGUUAUUUUUCGUGUCUUAAUUUUGUAUCGAAUUUUUUAGUGAAUGACACACAUUACUUCUGGGAAUGGUUUAAUCUCUUCGUUAUGGUUAAUCCUCGUCAUUAAUGGUUUUAUUAUGUAUAAUAUAAAGUAAAAAAACGAUCAAAUGGCCAAAGUGAGCCACAAAAUAUUCCACCGCUCCGACUUAAUGGAUUCGUUUCAGUUCUGGUCAAUUGUUUUUAUGAUUAAUCGAUUAUUUUUUUCUUAUAGGACUUGAACUUCAACAUGAGUAAUUGUUGUUAUUACACGCUGUCAGUCCAAUCCUAACGCAUUUCAAUAUUACCUAUCUGUCACGCAAUAGAUUUCUGGAGAAAAUUUCUCCAGAGUAUUUAAUACUCUGUCAUUUUAUAGUUUAAAUAACUAUGGCUUUUUAAUUCAUAGUAAAACAGUUUUCAUAACCAAAUCAAUAUUUUAUAAAUUAGUCAAAUUUAUUGUUUCACAUUGAAACUUGUCUAAAUCUCGAUGAAUUCCUUAAUUUUUCUAUUGACAAUGAACAAUCAUAAUAAUUGUGUUAAUAAAUAUGUGAGUAGAUAGUAAGCAUUAGGUUGUUUAUCAUGUAUGUGGUUUACAUGGUCAUUUAGCAUUUUUGUUUAUAGUACCACUACGAAAUUGAUCUUAAAUAAGGUAUGUGUAUUGGAAUAAUUGGACGCUAUUUUGCAUCUAAUAUUGGAAAACACCAACAAACAAUAAGUUAUUUGUGUCAAAUUAUUCAUGUGUUUUGUGAUUCGCGCUACAAAUGUUUGUUUAUUAUUCAAGAUUACUCAUGCAAUUUCAUUAUAACUAAUGUAUCAUUUUCACAAAGGCAGAUCAAGACUCUCAUCAGAUCUUAUUGUCAUAAAAUCAUGAUUAAUUCAUCAUAAUUCAUAUCAUUUUUAAUGUAUUCAUAAUCAUUUGAAAUAAUUUAUCGUGUUCUAAGAUCCAUUUGAAUUCUUGAUGAUCUACGUCAAAAGAACCGGAAGUCUCGAGAAUUGAAAAUUCUUGAUUUCAGAUUUCUUAAUGGAUGUGUACUGGUCUAGAUGUUUUGUUAUUUGAGUUAUCAUCAUAAUUCACUAAUUAUUGAAACAUUGACUACUAUGGCUGUGAUGAGUAAAAAUUCAUAGUACACCAUCUUCUUCCCCAUGCCUUUCAAUUCCGCUUUAAAAUUGAAUUGUAGAUUCGCGCAAGACUUAUCGUUUUCGAAAGAUUUGAGUGAGGCAGUUCAACUGUCAAAAUAGAAAAAUAGACUAAACUGCUUAGUUAGUAAGAAUUUCUUGAUUUAGUAUAUGAUAAUAGGAGUAAAGAUGAUACAAUACUACUUUCAAGAUUAAUAGCGAUGUUCUUUAUGAUGUUUUUUAACAUUGAACAUCAUUUGACCAUGGGAAGAUGAUCUUUGUUGGUAUAUUUUCGUAAUUUUCGGUGUGUUUAAAUAUUAUUCAUUAUAUUCGUUAUUUAAUUUCAUUUCUUAAUUAUUCUCAUAAACAUAUGUCAUAUUUUCAAGUAGUAUCGAUAAUAUGCAUAAACCAUCUGCAUUACCCAUGACAAGGCACUGGAUUCCCAUCAUAAACAAAUAUUUAAAAAAUUCAUCUACAGAUGAUGAACUAAUUAUUGUCAUGAAUACUAUUUCACCUGAUGUGUAUUUGAAAAGCAAUACUUUCAAUACUUUUCAAUUUUGAAGCGGUCUGAUUAGUCUGAUACAGUUAUAACUAUUAUCAUAUAGAUAUUGUAAUCAACUUCAACCAAGUUGCAAUUGAAAUAUGAUGAUGAUAAUUGCUAAUAAUUGUACUAAUAAUACCUAAUUCAUAGAUUGUAGUUGACUAUGGAAUAUUUUGUUAUACCGAAAUGUGCUUUCUAUAGUGCUAUGUUGCUGUAAGCAAUAUGUGAAUCUUGUUAUCCUCUCUAUUUCUAUUUUUUUUAAUUUAUAAUAUUUGAAAAAUUUCACUAUGUACUUAUUAUUCUAUUUAAUAUGAAAUAUUAUCUUCUUAAUUUUGGAUAUGUUGUGUAUUGUAUGAUAAGUUAAUGGCUUAUUUGCUUACAACUUAGAUUAUUGUGUUGAAAAUAUUCUGAUUCAUUCUCGAUUAAAGCUAUGGAAUCAGAACUCAAUAUCCAAUAAUAUAAGUUAAGAUCUAGUAGUAUAAGCUAAGAUCUCAGAGUAUAAGGUUUCGAUUUAUUUAUUCUGAAAAAAUGAAUUAUACCCAUUUAAUCGGCAUUUGCUAGUAGAAAUCGAGCUCUAAAAAUAUUUACUCGAAUAAAUUUAUAUCUAUCAUAUACUAAUAUUGUUAAUUAAAAUGAGUUUACUUCAUUUAGCAGUGAUGUCAUGUAACUGUCUUCACCAGUAUUAGGGGGAGCAAGAUUCACAGGUUUAGUAACUAUAUCAUGUGGAAUCCAGUUGCAUUAUAUUAUAUAUUACCUUUUUCAUCUAUUUUUGUGUUUUCUACUACUUCAUGCUCUAAACAUUUAAACAUUUCAUAAUCAUACGGUCGAGUUUUGUUGAACCAUUUAGUAGUAAAACUUAUCAAAACUUUGCUGCUGUGUUCGAUCUAGUUGUUUUUAGUAUCCUUUGCAAUCAAAUAUUCAAUUCAAUUCAAUUUCAUUUUUCAUGUUAUGCAUCGUAUAUAAUACAAUAUUAACACAAGUCAUAAACAUCAUAUCAUAAAUACAUUACAAAUGUUACUACAAUAUUUAUAUAAUAUAGUCUAAAUAAUUGAAAAAAAUAAGUUGAUAUCACAGAUGGAUUGAAGUUGAAUGAACCAAAAAACAGUGGAAUCAAAUACCUUUAUGAAGUAAUAGCUCAGUUUAUAAAUAGUUGCAUUUAUAAAGAAAAAUCUAAUCAUCAUUAUAAAAUUGGAUUUCUUGAUGUCAUGACUCAAGAAAGAGUUAUACAUUAUACAUAGCAAUAUUCAUCCUUCAUUUCAUGAUGUUGAAGAAUAUAUCGGAUGAUGGGAGGAGGUAACGGGGGAUGUUAUUGUUCUAACUUCAAAGAAUGACACAAUAGAACUUUUGAACCUGACGUGCUCAAAAGAAUUUGUGACAGGUAGUGACGGAAAAGAGGAAGAGGGAAGGUAUGAGAAGGAAAGAGCGAUGUUCAGGGUGUAUAAAUAUAGUCAAUGUAUAUAGACUGGUCGAGUUAGGGGUUGCAAGUGGCAACCAGUGGCAACAUUGCAGUGGCCUUGAGAAACCCAUUUUCGCUUGGUCAACUAUAGAAUAAUUGAUAAAGAGUGAUAUUGGUUGCAUUGAGUGGUGUUAAAUCGUUGAUUAGUUGGCAGCUAUCCAUUCUCAUCUAUACAGAGCUAAAAGCAUUAGUUCUAUAUAGCACUGGUUUCCAGAAACUCAUUCUCCCUAUUAUUAUUAUUUAUUCGUUCGAUCAUCUAUUGAAUUCACCUAUUUAUUGACUGAAUGUAUGGCAGAUAUGCAACUAGAUCGGGUUCUGUUGGUUUUGAUAAAUUUAAGCUACAUAAACGUAGAAACUGGAAAUUAGAUUAGUAGUUCAAAGUGUAGUUAUUAAUAUUUUUUAUGUGACACUUUCUUCCAUUUACAGUUUUGAUGUGUAACUUGUUAGGGUCUUGGAGGUUUUCAGCAUUAAGUGAUUUUCUACCAAUAUAUUUUGUCUUUCACAAUUGUAAACUGAGUGAUUAGAAGUGUAGAAUGAUAAGCAUAUGCCUUGGGAAUCACUGUCUGCUGAAACUCUUCAAUGUUACCAAUAAGAAUUGCAAUAAACUCAUUAAAUAUACGGUGAUAUACUUCGAUUGUUGAUCAUUAAAUAAAUGUCUUAGUCACUUAAGAAUACAAACACCAAUUAGAGAGAAAUAAAUAUUAAUCAUAUCAGUUCAACAAGACUUGACUAUCAUAUUCAUCUGAACAUGUGUGCACCUCAGAACCAGAGUAGCCCUUGUUUUAUUUCAGUAAUUCUACGACCAAGCACCAAGAAAAAAACUCAGCUAAUUGCUGCACAUAAAUUAGAUUCAAUGACCAUUAUUUUUGAACUGUCUUGUAUGUUAUUCAGAUUUGACUGCAACCAAAUUUGUGUAUUUACCAUCGUUUUCCUUAAAGAAAGAAGCGCGUAAAAAGCUGGAUUCGCACACAUCAGUGACAGUGAACAGUGAAAAUAUAAUUACAAUGAAUUGUAAUUGGUGUAAUUGAACUAUUCCCACUCAGCCCAGCCGAGUGAGUAUAAAUAAUGCCAUUAGAAUUUAUAUAAAUUAUAUGUUCACUGUCACUGUUGUAUGCGAAUCCAGAUUAAUACUUUUGAUAGUAACUUCCGAUUCAGAAUAAAUACUUAUUCUGAAACAAUGAUAACCUGAAAAUAAACUUGGGCCACUCUGGGUCUGCUUAAAGCAGAACUUGUUAACGUUGAUUCUCAAUCAUAAAUGUGUUUCCUGUUUCAUUUUGUUUUCAAAGAAAUAUUAAUGUCUGAGAAAGUUCAAAAUUUUCGCCCGUAAGGAAAAUAAAUGGCCUUAUAUUUGCAAUGGAUUAAAAAUAAUUGAUGUGUGUAAUACAUUUAAUGUGUCUGAUUAAAGGCGACUAGUCUAAAUUCAAUAAAUUGGCUUGUAUAUUUGAACAUGUGCACAGCAGCAUUGGUCGUUUGUUCUUCAAAGAACAAAUUUUUUUACUAAAUGUACAAACAUUUAUUGUAAAAUUCCUUUUGUUUUGUACUAUAGAUUAUAUAUCAUUUAAUUAUGUUUUGAUUACGUGUACAAAACCGAUCUGUUUUAUUAUGUAAACACAUUACACAGUUGAUGAUAUUUAUUAAAUGUUAGAGCAUUAUUUAAUA